AUGACGAACCAAAGCGUCCUCGACACCUUGUCGCAACUGUCGGACAAUAUCAGGUUCACCUUCCAGCUCAUCGGCCGUCUCUCCAAACUCUCCUUCCAGCCAGGAUCAACGCCGCUUCAAGGAGACGGUGACGUUCGUAUCGAGCUUGCACACGACAUCCGUGACGCUCUCAAACACCACGACGACACGCUCGACGCCGUCCGCCAGGAACUCGAAGACGUUACUGAGUUCGGCACAUAUUCCCAACGUCGUCGUGACAGUCUCAAAGACAGAGAGAGGGCUCGUAUCGCUGCUCAACUAGCCCGUCUAGACGAGGAUCUGAAGCACGCUCGAAGCCAGUUCCGUGCCGCCCAGCUCUCAUCCAAACGUGCCUCAGAGGCUGCGAAGCAAAAGGAACGCGAGAUCCUCUUCUCCUCUAUACAGCAAACACUCGAGCCCGACUCAACCUCAUCGACUCCUGAUCCUUUCGCUUCUCGUCGCCCGCAACCCAAGCAACUUACCCAGGACGAGCUGCUCAUCAACACUUCAACCGACGUAACUUCUGCUCUCCGCCGCACACACAAUCUACUCACCUCGGAGCUCUCCCGUUCACGCUUUGCCCAAGAGACUCUCGACCAGUCCACUGCAGCUCUCGCUGAUCUAGGUGAGCGUUAUACCGAUCUUGAUUCUCUCCUCAGCAACAGUAAAACCCUCCUUGGAACCCUUGUGAGGAGUCAGAAAAGUGACACCUGGUAUCUUGAAACUGCCUUCUACAUCCUUGUCACUACCAUCUGUUGGCUGGUCUUCAGAAGGCUGAUCUACGGUCCUGCUUGGUGGUUCCUCUGGCUGCCCUUCAAGUUCUUCUUGCUUAAGCCCGUCUAUCUUCUCUUCGCCGUCCUCGGCAUCACCGGUGGGUCUUCAGCUACUGCCGCUGUCUCUUCUACUUCGACAAGUGUCUCCAUACAACCAACUAUACGUAUUCAGCCCAGCGCCUCAGGUGAUCGACCUACUUUUCGCAAAGGUAUGGAUCAACGCCCAGCAAACGUCGUGCCAGUCGGUGGCGGUGGUGCGAAGGCCGGUUACAAUGGCCAGCCUCAAGACCCCAGUCCUGUUGGCAGCAUGUCGCAAAGCAUUGGCCAGAUGGCAGAAGCCAGUCGUGAACAGGCAGCACCGCAGAACGAGGAACCACAGCAGCCCAAGGAACCUCAGAGAAGAGGAGACGGCACAAUCCUCCAAGAAAGAGGUGACAUUCCUCGCAAUCCCAAGAAGAAGGUCUGGGAAGAAGAUGUCGAAGCGGCCAAGCAUCAGAUGAGGAAGAGAGAUGAGCUCUAG